AUGAAGCAUGCCACGCUCAUUAUAGGUGUCUUUUGCGGACUCAUGGCUCCAAAGCCUACCAAGUUCGACACCUGGUCUGACGUCCCCGAUGUUUUCGAGUAUCUCGGGAUUCCGUUUGCCGCUGCACCUGUAGGUGCUCUGCGUUUUCAGCCUCCUGUUACCUAUAAUGACUCUGCAGUCAUCAAUGUCUCAGCAUUCGGCCCUGGCUGUAUGCAACCGCCUGACACAGAGUACCCUCAAAGCGAGGACUGUUUGUCAGUUAAUAUUUUGACCAAGCCACAAGUCGGCGAGCGGAAGAAAGCCGUCGUUGGCUUCCCCGCUCUUAGCAGGAACUACAUGUCGACGAGGUGGUCUAGACUCGGGGCGGCUGUCGGCUGCGGCACUGACACAAGCAAUGCCACAGACCCUAAGCUCGUCACGGACUGCAUGAGGAACCGGACCAGCGAGAAAAUCUUUGGCGCAUUCGGGCCCGAGGAGACGGGUGUCGGCUCUACGCCCGCUUUCGGGCCUGGCGUGGACGACAUUCUCGUAUUUGAGGAUUAUACUGGUCGUUGA